AUGCAAUUCCUUAACAUAGCACUCGCCGUCUUCACCGUCACGGCCAGCAUUGAGGCCUCACCUCUCGCGGAACGCCAGGACCCCCUUCCCAACGCGGAUUGCUGCGGCUGCAGCCUUGCACACGAAGGCUACGUCUGUAGAGUCCCCGAACCGGGCGGCUGUUUCACCCUGCCAAUCGGGUGCCCCUUUAAUGCGGACCCCGCGACUCAGGUGCAGUGUUGCUGCUGCGAUUUGUCCGAACAAGCAGUCAUAUGCAAGCCUGUCGCCAAGGAUGCGGGCUGCGUGUGCACCUUGGCCAAGUGUCCGUUCAACUGGAAUCCUUCUUUCCUACCAGUUGAGGCCUAA